AUGCAGAUACUUCCACCAGACAUCGAUGACGUUGAGACGAGCGGAGAUCUGACGGUUUCCGAAGGAGAAAACGUGACGUUGGUUUGCAAGGCGACGGGACAUCCUUCGCCCAGGAUCCUGUGGCGACGGGAGGACGGAAACCACAUCUUGUACCAUCCGAAGCCCUUCGAGAGUGACAUAGACACGUACAGCGGAUCCAGCCUGAGCCUGACCAGGCUUAACAGACGGCAGAUGGGUGCCUACUUGUGCAUAGCCAGCAAUGAUGUACCACCUGCAGUCAGCAAACGCAUCACACUCAACAUCAAUUUUUUGUAACUGAGAUCAGGCAAUGACUAAUGCAACAGGACACGUAAAUCCAGUAAACUU